ACAACAACAAAAUUUCUGAAAUAAUGUCGACCGAAAUAAAUAUUAGUUGCACGCUAAUAGACGAGUAUAUUGUAUGCAAUGGCACUAAAUAUGAAUUACCAGAAGGCCGCUUAACAUAUAAGGAUGAAUGGUUUUGGAUAUAUAUUAGUAUUUACGUUGUUCUCGUGCUGUUGGCAGGGCUGAUGUCGGGCCUGACCAUGGGCCUUCUCUCUCUGGAUGAGAUGAGCUUACAAAUCCUGAAGGAAGGUGGCACUCCAUCCCAGCAAAGACACGCAAAGCGCAUCCUGCCCAUCAUUAGAAGACAUCAUCUCCUUCUUGUCACUCUCUUGUUGGCAAAUGCAGCUGCUGUUGAAUCCAUGCCACUCUUCCUUGACAGGGUUUCUGACCCUAUAAUUGCCAUUCUAGUGUCAGUAACAGCAGUCCUUUUCUUUGGAGAAGUCUUCCCUCAGGCCAUAUGUACAAGAUAUGGCCUGGCCAUUGGUGCAGCAUUAUCACCGUUAGUUUAUCUACUGAUGGGGCUGUUCUUUAUAGUAGCUUGGCCGAUAUCAAAGCUCUUGGACUGUCUCCUUGGAACUGGUCAUGGCACAUUUUUCCGAAGAGCAGAGUUAAAGGUCCUUGUUGGCCUUCAUGGUCCACCUGUGGAUGAUACUGAUGGUGCUGGUCAUGCAGAGGGUGUUAACAAUGAAGAACAACUCACUAAUGACGAAGUGCUUAUAAUCAAGGGUGCCCUCGAGAUGAAGGAUAAGACAGUGAAGGAUGCUAUGAUGCCGUUAGAGAGCGUGUUCAUGUUGCCGAUUGAUGCGGUUUUGGAUGGCAAAACCAUGGAUAAGAUCAUUGACACGUCACAUUCACGGAUACCAGUAUUUGAAGGAAGUCAUGAAAACGUAGUUGGAAUAAUUAUUGUGAAACGCUUGAUCAAGUUGGAUCCUGAUGAUGGAGUGCCCAUUAAAAACCUGAUUGGAGAUCAAUUCUACUUCCGGGAAGUUUCUUAUGUCACUGAAAGCCAACCGUUGUUUGAUACGCUCAAUGACUUCCAAACAGGAAAAAGCCAUCUUGCUGUGGUGAUGCAGUUGCCGGCUGAUUCAAAUUUUUCUACAGUUGAAAUAUUGAAACAAGGGGCAGUUGUUGGCAUCAUCACCCUUGAAGAUGUCAUUGAAGAGCUCAUUCAAGAGGAGAUCAUUGAUGAGACCGACGUCUUUGUGGAUGUAUCUCGGCGCGUGGCUGUGGCCAGGGCCAAGUUAGCCAAGAGGCAGAUAUCCUCACGUACACCCCCGCCACUGCACCUGCAGCGUCAACAGUCCUUCACGUCUGCUACACUUCACCCUCCAUCCUCCAGCAGUGAUCACCACAGCUUCGAUGGAACCUCCCACGAUAGUGACAUUGAGAGAAGACCCCUUUUGUAGUUUAUAGAUUAGUAUUCCUACUUAACUUCCCCAGGAGGGAGAUUCACCUACAAACAUAAAAAAUUGACACCAAUUUGCUAUGUAAAAGCUCAUUCUGGAUCCAAAAACACAACCUUAUUGAAUUUGUUCAAAUGUAAGCCACUCAUCUGUGACCUACUGUGUGAUUACAGAAUAGAAUUAGCUUGGGUUUGUGCAAUACUGUGGUGAUUGACCUGAUGUUCAAUUGGUUUAGUUGAAAAUGUAUGGUUGUGUAUAAAGAAAUGAAACUAUUUUCAAAUUAUGUAAGUACAAAUGUAUUACAUUGACUGUGAUUGAAAUGAUGACCUUGCAAGUUUCAUAUCACUGGGUUUUGGUAGCUCUCAAAACGUGUGCCUAUUUUACCGGUGAUGUUACUAGACCAUAUCGAGAUUUGUACCAAAGGGCAUGAUAUUUCACUCCAAGAUGUUUAGUGUUGCUGAUGUACAGGUGAUAUUAUUAGUCCCUGUCCAGAUGAGUACUGAUAUGAUUAUGAUCAAAACUUCAUGGCACAUGUGUGUAGACUUGUUGUUUACUUGACCCGUGAGGUGGCAUUGUAAUCACAUAAUUCAGCAGGAGCUUGACCUGUAAUGUAUUGUAAAUAUAGAGAUAACUAAUCUUGUUGCUUUUACAGCCAACUGUGAUCGAUUUGAGGUUGCUAUUAUUGCACUUAUAUGCCAGGUUAUGUCACCCACUUGGGUGGCACUGAAUAAGUAUGAUAGAUCCAUUUUACAGAGAGACAAAGUCUAGACAAAGUAGGUUGAGCAGGAUUUGCCUCUGUCGUUUUGAUACUAUAACCAGAGUCUUUCUAUACAAGGGUCUGGUCACUGGUUUCAACAUCAAAGACACCGCCCGUCUCGAACGACGUGCGGUGGGACAGCGCUCUCUCGGAUCACGUGGUACACCCAAGCCAACUUUUUACGCCAUAUCCGCCAUUUUGGUUCACUCGGAAAGUCAUCGUCUCAAUCUCUCUCACAAAAACUUGUAUAGAAAGACUCUGCUAUAACUUACUCUUUGUGAUUGUUUGUAAUGAAUCAAAAUAUUCCAGAUCAAUAUUAAUAAAAACAUUUUAUACGA